UGCGUUUUACUUGCGUGUAAACAAAACAUAAAACUACCUUUCCCGUUUCUACCGUUUCUGCGUAUUUUCUAAAAAUUAAUUUUAUUCCAAAUUCAAGAAAUUCUAUCAGUCGGUUUAUUCUUUAUUCUGAAUAUGGUCAGUGAAGUGGAAUCCAGUGAUACAGACCCGUGCCCAACGAGUCAAGCGUCGGAAGGUGGCGAAGCUCAAACGUUACCCAUCGGUGAUGGCGGUAAAAAUGCCGACCAUGACCGCCCUCCGGACAAUGGCGGAAAUCCCGACAAAGGCAUCGUUAAAGCAUCGGCAACAAAUGAGAGGCAGUUUUUUAGCUGCACCGAGUGUGGAUUAGUUUUUCGCAAGCAGGACGACUUCGAUCGGCACAGGUUUGCCCAUACGGGAGUGAGAGAAUUCCGCUGUCCGGAACCGAAUUGCGCCAAAGAGUACACCAAUCGGAGCCAUUUGAAGCGCCACAUCCGAGUGAACCAUAACAGCACUAAAGAAUCCACAUCCAGCCAGAUUCGAUGCAAACAUCCUUCUUGCGCAAAAACCUUCUCCACCGACCAGAGCAUGCGACGGCACUAUGACCUGAAGCACGUUCUCGGCAAAUCGUGGACCUGCGAGGAAUGUGGCGAGCGAUUCUGGCGAAAGCUCCAAUUGAAGCAACAUCUUUUCCGCCAUACGGGGCAGUAUCCCCAUCGAUGUAACCACUGUGAUAAGGGUUUUAUGAACCUGAAGUCAUUGCGACAUCAUCAGACAACCCACGCCAUUCACAAGUGUGAUUCCUGUACGUCGGAGUUUACGCGUUGGACGGAUUUGGUUGCUCACCGGAAGCUGCAGCACAUGACUAUGUAUCAGUGUGAUAUUUGCCAGGGAAAAUUCCGUUCGAAAAGAAACCUCAAAGCGCACAUUCAGGUGCAUCAGAAGAGUCGCGAAGACGGAAGGGAACAGGAAGUGUUCCAGUGCCCGUACGAGGGUUGUCCCAAAUUUUACGACUACGAGCGCAACCUGAUGGCCCAUGUCAAAUCUAAACACGAAGGAGUCCGGAAAUACGUCUGCGACGUAGAGGGCUGUGGCCGGGCGUUGUCCACCCAGCAGAAGUUGGACCAACACCGGCGAAUGCACGAGUCGGCUGCAAGGAGUGUUCCGCGUAUGAAGCUUCCAGGAAAACCACCGGCACGGCGAAAGGACGCUGGCCAGCAGAGACGGUCGACCGCCUCGCGGUUGGCGAACGUCCGAUUGGAACCGCAAGUGGAACGGGUUCUGAUCGAUCAGAGCCCGGACCGGCGGCCCCCGCUCGAGCUGGAGGGCUCUUUUUCGAUGGACUCGGCAUCGGAGUCGGAGGUGGAAUCCAGUGCCGUGGUGGCGACGGUUCUGCAGGGCCAAUUAGCCCGGAUACAGGACCAGAUUAAACGGCUGCAGGAACAGUCCGGUUCGAGUUGAAUAUGUUCUGAAGUUUGGUUUGUAAAUUAAUUGUUCUAGUCGUUCUAUGAAUUUGUGUUCUAUUUUAUUGAAUUUCCCGUGAAAAAUGAAUUAUAGUAAGAAAGUACUUAAUUUA